CAUCCUACCUCCGACGCAGGACUUCACUCCGAAGCCCAAUGGCGCCCACCGAACCAAAGCCUCUAAGUCCUCUGGACAGAGAUCAGUUACAGGGUCUGAAUGCCAUACGCGAUUUCCUCAAAGUUCGCACCAGCUACGAUGUAUUACCUCUAUCGUUCCGACUCAUCGUCCUCGAUACCGAUCUCCGCAUCAAGAAAGCUAUCAGCAUCUUGACGCAGAACUCAAUCGUAUCGGCUCCUCUCUGGAACUCUAAAACAUCUCGAUUCGCCGGUAUCCUUACGAGCACCGACUUUAUCAAUGUGAUUCAAUACUAUUGCCAGUUUCCUGACGAGUUCAGCAAACUUGAUCAGUUCCGAUUGAGUAGCCUAAGAGGUUUGUCGCUUCUCUCGGCGCAGGCAUCGCUAACAAUACCAGACAUCGAGAAAGCGAUCGGCGCAAUACCCAUCGAAACUGUAUCGGUUCACCCUUCAAAGCCACUUUACGAAGCUUGUAGACGUAUGCUCAAGACUCGCGCCAGACGAAUCCCCCUCGUCGAUGUCGAUAGCGAGACCAACAAGGAAAUGGUUGUUUCAGUCAUCACCCAGUAUCGUAUCCUCAAGUUCAUCGCCGUAAACAACGAACACAACACCGUCCUUUUGAAGAAAACGGUUCGCGACAUUGGUCUCGGUACAUAUUCAGGCAUCGCUACAGCCUCGAUGGGCAGUUCCGUGCUUGAAGUUGUUCAUCUUAUGGUCAGACACAACAUCAGCUGUGUCCCGAUUAUCGAUUCGCAUGGACGAGUUCUAAACGUUUUUGAAGCGGUUGAUGUCAUCCCGUGUAUCAAAAAUGGUGCCUACGAGGAUUUGGAUGGCUCUGUCGGAGAAGCACUCUGCAAGAGAUCCGACGAGAGCCCUGGUAUUUAUACAUGCAGUGAAGGCGAUCGCCUGGACUCCAUUUUUGAUACGGUCCGAAAGAGCAGGGUUCAUCGUCUGAUAGUAGUGGACGAUGAUAACAAGCUCAAGGGUAUCAUUUCGCUGUCCGACAUUCUCAAAUAUGUGUUGCUCUACGGAGUGGAGGACACAAGCAACUGGGCUUGAGAGUAUUGAUGAGGUUAUAAUGAUUGCAUGCCGCUACGAAUAAGGGAGCUCUCAGGAGGGCGCCGGAUAGGAGGCAAGCAUAGAACAGGCGCAAGGGGAAUUUACGUGGAAGGUUAUCAUGUGCACACAAUCUUUCGCUAUAGACCGCUGACAGGCCUGCAUGCAUGACACAGUACAGCUGUCUCAGGGAUGAUGACUUUUAGUGUUAGUGUUACAGUACAGCAAUAGAAGCUUUUCGGCUUCGGGAACCGAGUGGCUGUGAAUAUUUGGAUAGGAUUGGUCAGGUCUCAUUUGAUACGACAUGCGGAUGACGGUCAAACUUGAUGAUGCACUCUGACGACAUUGGUGUUAUCUCUUCUAUUUCAGUAUUUUAUCAA